UAAUUCUAAGACUUGUUCUUUACCCAUGGAAUGUAAUAUUUUUGCAAAGAUGGACCACUUCACAAAUGGUUAUAAAGUCAUACCCACUUAUUCCACAAUGACCACAACAAAUGACCAAGCAUGAACUAAAGUGCCAGAACUGAUUGUGGUGGGACAUCUUUCACUGAGAAAUAACUAAAAUGGAACAUAAUGGGUCGUCUUCAAAUGCUGAUAAAAUCCACCAGAAUCGCCUCUCGAGUGUCACAGAAGAUGAAGACCAAGACGCUGCUCUCACCAUUGUGACCGUGCUGGACAAAGUAGCCACCAUCGUGGACAGUGUGCAGGCAAGCCAGAAGAGACUAGAGGAGAGACACAGAGAGAUGGAAAAUGCCAUAAAGUCCGUCCAGAUUGACCUGCUGAAGCUGUCACAGUCCCACAGCAAUACAGGCUAUGUCAUUAACAAAUUGUUUGAGAAAACUCGAAAAGUCAGUGCUCACAUUAAAGACGUGAAGGCCCGGGUGGAGAGGCAACAAGUUCACGUGAAAAAAGUUGAAUCCAAGCAAGAGGAAAUAAUGAAGAAAAAUAAAUUCCGUGUGGUAAUAUUCCAGGAGGAGAUUCGCUGUCCGACAUCCCUGUCUAUUGUUAAAGACAGAAGCCUGACUGAGAAUCAAGAGACCGAAGAGGAUGUCUUUGACCCUCCGAUAGAUCUGUCUUCAGAUGAAGAAUAUUAUGUUGAAGAAAGCAGAUCUGCCAGGCUUAGAAAGUCAGGCAAGGAGCGUAUUGAUAAUAUAAAAAAGGCAUUUUCCAAAGAAAACAUGCAGAAGACACGGCAGAAUUUUGACAAGAAAGUGAACAGAAUUAGAACUAGAAUAGUGACCCCGGAGAGGAGAGAAAGGCUAAGGCAGUCGGGGGAAAGGUUAAGGCAGUCGGGAGAGAGGCUGAAACAGUCAGGGGAAAGGUUUAAGAAAUCCAUUUCUAACGCAGCUCCCUCAAGGGAGGCUUUUAAGAUGCGUAGCCUUCGGAAAGCUAAAGACCGAACUGUGGCGGAAGACGCAGAGGAGGUCAGGGAGAUGGGUGUGGACAUCAUUGCCAGAAGCGAGUCUCUGGGCCCCAUCAGUGAGCUCUACACUGAUGAGCUCAGUGAAACAGACCGCGAGGAGGCCAGGGCAGCGUAUCCUCCCAGAGAAGGAGAGGCGAUGUCAACCCCUGAGCCUUUGAAAGUUACUUUUAAACCCCAAGUGAAGGUAGAGGACGAUGAAUCUCUUUUGCUAGAUUUAAAGCAAUAAUCAUAAAGAGCAACUAAACAUAAAUAUACAUCUCUUCAAUCACAAGGUUCUAGUUUAAAUAGUAUAGUCAUUGACAUUGAUGACAUAGUAUAGUCAUUUACAUUUGUUCAUAGGAAAACAUGAAUGAUACGGCUGACUUCAUUUCUGAUGUUUAAAAUCUUAAAGAUAACACAAGUAUUCUAUACAUUUCCUUAUAACUUCCUUGGGAAUUCCUUUUUCUUCCCUGGGCUUAUACGAUUCUAUCAACUUUCUCUUUUAAGUCAUUCUCAUGGCAGCUGUGGAUUUUUAAGUUCUUUUCUCUUGCCCAGGAGGAAAGUAGUUUCUUAGUGAGGGCAGUUAGGCGUUUGGUGUCUAAAACAUAUGAAGGAGAAAGUUGUAGCCAUCAUUUGCAAGUAAAUUCUCAGUUUUGGUCUAGAUGGGUGUUGUGGCCAAGCUCAAAAGGGAAUAACCCGUGUGGGGAUUAUAUCAUCCACAUGUUCAAAUAGAUUCAUUAGUCAAUUAGUAGUCACACCUCUUUUUGAUGCUUUUGCAUAAAAACUCUGAAGUGCUGGACUCGAGUGUUUUGUUCUGGCAUUGUAGUUUUGCUUAUACCACGCCAUUUAGCAAGUCACCUGCUAAUAAACUCAUCAGUAAAAUGGAGAGGGUUCGUCUCUCCAGUCUCAGAGGACUGUUGUGACGAUCAAAGGAAAUGUUACACAUUCUGGGGGGAACAGGGAGCACCUCCAGAGAAAACAAACCCCACUUGUUCCUCAGGAACAGAAUUGAAAUAAUUAUACCUUCUGAAAAAUACUUAAGCACCAAGCAUUGAGGACCUAAGUUGGACAGAAGCCAAAGUUGGUCUUCAAAAGACUUUUCAUAGAAUAGGAAUGAAAUAAAUGUUUGGAUGACAUCUUUUUUGUUGAAGACUAAAAUCCAACCUUCGGUAGGGUCUUAAAAUGUUUCCUGGAAACUCCUUUUCUAAUAUUCUUUUGAUUUAGAGCUACAGAAGACUAGAGCAAUCUUUGAACUGCAUGAAGCAUAAAAUGAUGACUGUGUGUCUUCAAGAGGACUUUCUAAAGUCUGUCCUGAUGGCAGUGGGUUUCGGAAAUGACCUCAUGUUUCUGUUUUCCAGAGUGAACCCCUCAGGGCCUGUCUGUCUUAAACAGGGACCAUAGGAAUUCAUUGUAGCUGGUUUGGGAGGAAGCCAGAUUCCACUUAACCAUUAGCUUUAGAUCUAGCCAAUCUGGAAGUAGAUAUUAUUGCUAAGGAGAGAAAUGGUCCUACUGGUUCUGCACUUCUGGUAUGUUUAAAUCUUCUGGUUUUAUAAUGGGGAAGAGAUGAUGGAAUUGUUGAAUUUGAAGAGUUUAGACAGGCAGCUUUCAGAUCAAUUUGGGUUGCUCCUAAAGUAGUUAAAAAUGAUAACAAAUAUACACAGAUACAGAGUCAGACACACACAAAUCAGCUUUCAAGUAUUUGACUCGGUUACCCAGAUAUUUGGGUUUGGGAGUUUGAUUCAACAUCAUUUCCUCUUCACUCUGCAUGAAUACAUAAAAUCAUGAAUUGUGCAUCUCAAUCAUCUUUUUAUAUUGAACACUAAAGUGUUUACAACAUUCUUUGAAAAGAACAAUUUUAAAAAUGUAGUUUAGAAAGAGCUUGGAUGCCUCGUCACGUAUUUCCUGAAAGCCAUAAUAAAUUUGAAUUUUAAAAAGUUUGAUGUUGGUAUCCUAUUUGUAAAUAUUUUUACUAAUAAUGGAUGCAGAUAACAUGGCAUGAAUUUGAUAUAGUAACCCUUCUCAUAAUAGAUAUGUUUCUAAGUUAAGAAGAAUAUAAGAAGUUUAUAAGCCUUUUCUUUUUUCUGGCCCUAUUCAGAAUAAAUAUCAAUUGGGCUAAAAUAUAACUGCAAACAUAACUCUCAAGGAAUUUUUGUAAAAUUUUUCCUUACUGACUUAUUAUACACCAGACUUGAUGUUAUGGAGUAUUUCCAUUGAGAUACAUUUGAAUUUUGAUGUGGAAAGCAUUAUAACCUGGUCAGUGUUUUAUCCUGGUAGACUUUGUACAAUCCCAGAAACACAGUUGGAUGUUAGCAGAGUUUCACUGAAACCUUAUACUUCUUUCUCUGUACUAGGAUUUUCCGCUCCAUAUUGCUUCUGUCUCUUGACAUUUUCCACUCUAUUUAGGGCAUUUCUCAAUUCCACAUUCAUAAUUGUUUCUCUCUUCACCCCGUUUUCUUGAUGUAAAGAAUGUCUAUUCAUUGUAGGCUGUACAAUCCUACAUCGCCAUUUUAUGCAAAGAACAUUCUCGUCAAUGUUCCCUAGUUCAGAAGUUCAGACAACACAGAUUUUCUGUUUUUUUUUUUUUUACUCUUCUGUGUUUUUGAAGUCAUACAUGUUAGAUUCUAAACACUUUAUUCAAUAAAAACAUGAGCGGGAUUUAGCUUUUUUCCUUUUAUGGGGCAAAAUCGUGCAACAUCCAGAAGACAUCAACGGCAAGGACCGUUGGUGGUGUGGCUUUGUCUCCUACGCAUGGCAGGUCUGGGGGCUUUCCUCGGAGAGUGUACGCUGGCCUGGUUCUGGCUCGUUCAUUAAAAAACAGGCCAAGAGUGAAACAGCGAUGAGAGGAGCAUGAAAAUCUAGCUUGCUGGGAAUGUGUUGGGGUAUGUGUGUGUGGUCUCCUUUCAACAAGUUUUCAUAAAUUUAAAAAUACAAACUGAAAUACAGUAUUUUCAUUUUGACUUCAUUCUUUGCCCUUUAUCCACAUUGAAGUGUUUGGUUUAGAACAAAGCCUGAAGUUCAUUGUAACUCUAUCAGGUAAAGAGCAUGGGUUCUAUUACAUAAAAUAUUUCACAGAAGCAUUGUUCGUUCUACAAUUCCAUUCCAGGCCCAAAUUACUGAGCCCCACCCCCCACCCCGCUCCGCCCCGAGACAUGUUUUCUAUAGCUUCUUUUAUUGAACCCUACUAAAAAAAUGACAGUUUACAUUCCCAAGAUAAAUUGUUCUGGCAUAUUGGAGUCAAGACUAUGAGAAAUAAUGACUAUGGUCUCAUCUUCAAUUCUGUUUGAAUAUUGGGCACCCUGUUGGGUCUGUAGUAAAUGAAAAAUGAAGAAGUCUUAGGGCUGAAUUUUGUGUAUUAUUCUGGUGACCCACUACUUCUGAGUUACGUGAUGUGUGAGGAUUUAUAACUGUCCUUACCAGAUCCGAAUUCUUGAGUGUAUUUCAUAGGUAAAUAGGAGACCUGUGAUAAGUACCUCUUCACUGUGAUUUGCUUAGGACAUCCAAGGAUCCUGGAGAGGUCGGGGUGGAGUGGUAGAAUAUACUCAGGCUUUGAAUUUACUUUGCACAUCUUCCUAACACCAGCUGUGCUUGUCCAGCUCCUCCCUUCCCCCAACUGCUCUGCCUCCUGAUGCCUUUGCACCUGUCAUUUUUCUCCCUUUCAUUCUGGGAGAGGACGUUCAAGUUCUGUGGUAAUGUCAAUUUUCCUCAUUUUGGCAUUCUUUGGUCACCCCCCCCCCGACCCAGGAAGGGUAUGAUUAAUUACUCCAUAUAUAUUCAUUAUAUAUAGCACCUUUAUAUGCCAGCUUUUAUGUGAGGCACUGAGGAUUCAGAGAUGAAUAGAACAGUCUGUGUCUCCCCUCCCUUGCACUUUCUCAACCCUUAUCUUGGGCUUACAGUUUUCUGGGAGACCGUCAAGCAAAAAUUCAGCAACGUGACUUGUGGUGUGUGUAAGAUGAUGGAACUGUAAAAAUGGAAGGGGCUUUGUAUAGAAUUCUGAUCAUACAUCAGUCAUAUAGCACUUACAUUGUCUUCCAGUUUAUUUGUUUAACUGCUUUCUAGACUAUG